AUGCUCUUCAGACGGUGUGCAAUAGCAAAAUUUCUGCUUUCUAGGGGAGCUUACGUUGAUGGCAAAUCAUGCCAUGUGACUCCAGUACAUCUUGCAGUUUUUGGAGGACAUGAUAGUACUCUGAAGAUCUUGUUGGACCACAAUGCAGAUCCCAACAAGGGAGCAGACCUAUCAACGCCUUUGGAUAUGGCACUACGCACUCCUUCCUUGUCUUGUUUGAAACUAUUGAUUCAGGCUGGAGCUGAAGUGAAUGGCUUUCGUAAUCCUUUGGCAGCGGCUGCACAGGAAGGCUUAACUGAGGCUAUUAAGUGCUUGUUGGAGGCUGGUGCGGACCCCAACACUCCUGACGUGUUUGGUAGAAUCCCAAUAGAGUUGGCUGCUGUGUAUGGUACAAGUGAAGAUGUUGAGAUUCUGUUCCCUUUCACUUCCCCAAUUCCAACUGUGACAAAUUGGAGCGUUGAUGGAAUAAUCAAUCAUAUGAAGUUGGAAAGAAAGCAACUAGAGGAUGAAAAUUUUGUUGAAGCGAGAAAGUCUGAGCUGAAAAAACAGGGUGACGAUGCAUUUAGGAAGCAAGAUUAUAUAAAUGCAUCAGCAUUCUACACACAGGCAAUGAGGGUGGAUCGUUACGAUGCUGGAUUGUUCUCAAACAGGAGUCUUUGCUGGCUCCGCAUAGGUGAUGGGAGAAGGGCUCUGCGAGAUGCAACUUGGUGCAACAUACUGCGGCCAAAGUGGGUGAAGGCCUACUUCCAGAAAGCACAAGCUCUGAUGCUUCUGAAGGACUAUGAACAAGCUUGUAACACACUCGCUACGGGUUUAGAGCUGGACCCUCUAAACGAUGAGGCCGAUAAGUUGUACUGGGAGGCAAUGGAGCUGAAGAACGGCAGCACCGAGGCAGCUUAGAGAAAGAACACGUGAAAACUGGAUCGCCAUUUUCCUUUUUUUGGUGGAUGUUUCUGAGGGUUGGGAAGAAACACUUGGUGGUCAGUAAGUUUGCAGCUAGUACUGUAACUGCAUGCAGCAUAACAUCAGGAUUUGCUGUACUCUGAAAUGGCGCCUCUCGGUGUUCUUUCUUUUGAGGCUGGGAAAUCUGAUACUCGGAGAGAAUAGCUAGCCUAGGAGUAUUUGUGACUAGCAACUCUUACAAUGGUACCUGAGUGGCUGACACAGUGCAUGUUUACAUGGUCACUACUCGCAACAUAGC